AUGCAGGUGACGAGAACGUGUGGUGCACAACUCGGAAGUUGGAUCACGAACGGCAACCCGCAGCCACCCACACAGCCUCGCUCUAUCACCCUUCAUCGAGCUUCUCCUGCAUCGUACGCUACAUGGGCUCAAACCCGUUUGAUGAGCGCAAGCUGGAUGAAUGUGGGGGGCAUGUUCUCUAGACACUUUGUUACACACGAACCACUUUUUCCAUUGUUGGCCUCAUCCGCGCCGCGAUCCAGACUGGUACCACCUCCCGGACAUUAUGCAGGUUUGGGCGGCGGUGACCCUCGCUUCUUCCGCUUGUGGUCCUUUCCAACCCCCCUUCUCUCCGUCAGCUCAUGCACCAUGAGAGCGAGAAUAACCUCAAUCAUAGAGGUUCACGUCUCCGGAGAUCCGCGCCGGCUUCUUGCAUCUCCUACCUUGAUUCCCUGCGAGUCUGAAGCAAAAUUGGCAGUCGAGGCUCUCACAUAUGAAGAAGUCUUCUGCCUUCCCGAAGGCAUUCGGCUUUCCUACCGAGGCCGCAAGCUGAGACACCAAAAGGUCUCAUACGCACCAGUCUAUUCCUAUUUUUGCGUGCCAAUUUCGGUCUCCCUGUACACCCGUUUGCGAUCCGCGUCCCGGAAGGAUCCCCCUUGCGACUACUCCGAGUUCCUGUCGCAGGAAACGGAACUAGACGACGACAAACGCACACUCUGGUUUGUUGGCGUCGUGUCACGUCUUGUGCUACUCAACACGGAUAACGUACGCGACGCAACUACGGCUUCGACGGAAGGCAGCGUCCAUCACGCCUCUAGACGCCCCGACGAUCACCUUUACCACUUGUCUCUCGAGAAGCAUUGCUCGACUCACUAUCAGCAAAGACCAAGUACCCUCAAUUGGAACCAGCCCUUUACCACACGGGCCAAGGAUCCAUCCUCCGUAUUAUCCAAAGAUUUCGUCAUUCGAAAUCAGACGGCUCCGCCGAUCUUUUGA